AUGUAAACCCCGUUUCUGUAUUCUUCCCUAUUCAAAAAUCAUCUGAAUCUGUACCAUACUGUGGGUUUGAUUCGAUUGCAUUCUCAUCUCCUUCGACUCAAGAUCUGAUCUUUUCCAGAAAUUUUAAGUAAGAUAAAGGAAGAAGAAUUGAACAUGGCCGGAGGACCUGACCCCUUAUUCGGAUUGAGGAACAACUUUUACUUGGGAGCGUAUCAGGCCGCUAUCAACAACAGCGAAAUUCCAAAUCUUUCCCCCGACGACGCCGUCGAGAGAGACUCCAUCGUUUACCGCUCUUACAUUGCUCUCGGCAGUUACCAGCUUGUGAUAAAUGAGAUUGAUUCAUCUGCGGCAACGACACUUCAGGCUGUGAAAUUGCUAGCUCUGUAUCUGUCAGGCCCUGAAAACAAGGAAACGGCAAUUUCAAGUCUCCAUGAGUGGUUAGCAGAUCCAGCCAUUGGAAACAACCCCAGCUUACGUCUUAUUGCAGGGACUAUAUUCUUGCACGAACAGGAUUAUAAUGAAGCUUUGAAGCAUACAAAUGCUGGAGGAACAAUGGAGCUGCAUGCUUUAAAUGUGCAAAUUUUUCUUAAGAUGCACCGAUCGGAUUAUGCUGAAAAACAAUUAAGGGUCAUGCAAGGAAUAGAUGAAGAUCAUCCACUAACUCAGCUUGCUAAUGCAUGGCUGAACUUGGCUGUGGGUGGUUCCAAGAUCCAGGAAGCAUAUCUUAUUUUCCAGGACUUCUCAGAGAAGUAUCAAAUGACGAGUUUGCUCCUGAAUGGGAAGGCUGUUUGCUGCAUGCACAAGGGGGAUUUUGAUGAAGCAGAAACUCUUUUGCUUGAAGCCCUAAACAAGGAUGCAAAGGAUCCAGAAACUCUUGCCAAUCUGGUCGUUUGUAGUCUUCAUGUGGGGAAAUCAGCAUCACGAUAUCUCAGCCAAUUGAAAUUGUCUCACCCAGACCACCUACUUGUCAAACGUUUGUCUAGCGCAGAAGAGAGUUUUGAUAGAGCAGUUCAAACGGCUGCAUGAAGAGUGAUAAAAAUGGCCUGCUUGUUUGUCUUGUCCUUCUUUCCUGGAAAUGAAAUAUAUUUUGUUCUAACAGCUCGAGAGAGAAUUGUAUGGAAAUUGAUCAUAUGGAUGCUUAUUUGUUUUAUUGAACUUGGAGUUUUGACGUUAGAUCUGCCAAAAUUCAAUAUAUAGACUACUGGUAUAUGUUUUGUUUGA